AUGGCGCAAGUUCUCAACUUCGCCUACCGGAUGGCCGUGCCCGCCGCAGUUGGCGUGGCCCUUUUCCAACAGUCCAUCUAUGAUGUGCGCGGCGGACAACGGGCCGUCAUCUUUGACAGGCUUUCCGGUGUCAAGGAGCAGGUUGUCAACGAAGGCACUCACUUUCUUGUUCCCUGGCUACAGAAGAGCAUCCUCUUCGAUGUGAGGACGAAGCCUAGGAACAUUGCCACGACAACGGGUAGUAAGGAUUUGCAGAUGGUUAGCUUGACUCUCAGGGUUCUUCACAGACCCGACGUCAAGGCUUUGCCCAAGAUCUACCAGAACCUCGGCACCGAUUACGACGAGCGUGUCCUCCCCUCCAUCGGCAACGAAGUCCUCAAAGCCAUCGUCGCCCAGUUCGACGCCGCCGAGCUCAUCACGCAGCGAGAGGCUGUUUCCCAGCGCAUCCGCUCUGACCUCACCCGCCGCGCCUCCGAGUUCAACAUCGCCCUCGAGGAUGUUUCCAUUACCCACAUGACCUUUGGUCACGAGUUCACCAGAGCCGUCGAGCAGAAGCAGAUUGCCCAGCAGGAUGCCGAGCGUGCUCGAUUCAUCGUCGAGAAGGCUGAGCAGGAACGUCAAGCCAACGUUAUCCGUGCUGAGGGUGAGGCUGAGAGUGCCGACACCAUUAGCAAGGCCAUUGCCAAGGCUGGUGAUGGACUUAUCCAGAUCCGAAAGAUUGAGGCGAGCAGGGACAUUGCGCAAACGCUGGCGUCGAACCCCAACGUAGCGUAUCUCCCUGGCGGCAAGCAAGGAAAUGGGAGCCAGCUGCUCCUCUCCGUUGGCAGGACCUAG